GAAUUUAUAUACGAAAUUUACAUUUUUCAAAUUAUGAGAUUCAAACCACAGAAAAUUUCAAGUACAUUGCACUAAUUGUAUUAUAAUUUCUAGAAAUACCUGAAAACUGCGUCUUUUUGCUUGAAAAUUAUCAUCGUUAUCACUUAUCACAAGCUUAUUUUCUAAAGGCGUUCUUAGCAAUAAAUGUCUUCUCAGUUCCCACGUCUUAGCUUUGCAAUAAUUUUUUGUCUGUGAUGACUCAGAUGUUGAUUAGUUUAAGAUUUUUGUAGGAUAAGGUUUCUUGAACAACUGGAAAAACGUUUUUAAAUACAAACAAUUAGUUAAAGAAAUAUUGUUCUUUGGACACUAUCUUUCUCCUCCAACAACUCUAAUCUAAUAUCUAUAGAUACAACAUUAUUACAAUCAAAUCGAAACACUUCCCUUUCUCAUAGUAAAGUUUUACACAACCAAAAAUGAGAAGUAAUUCUCUUCUUGUACUGUUGCUCAUUACUUUGGCCUGCAUUGGAGUUCUCGCCAAGAACCACUCUUCAAGACCUAUAUUAAGAAGAAAUGAUUUUCCAGAGGAUUUCAUUUUUGGAUCCGCGACUUCUGCAUAUCAGUGUGAAGGUGCUGCUCAUGAAGAUGGUAGAGGACCAAGUAUCUGGGACACCUUCACUGAAAAAUUCCCAGAGAAGAUAAAGGAUGGUAGUAAUGGGUCCAUUGCUGAUGAUUCUUACAAUCUUUACAAGGAAGAUGUGAAUUUACUGCAUCAAAUUGGCUUCGAUGCUUACCGAUUCUCAAUCUCCUGGUCUAGGAUUUUGCCACGUGGAGACUUAAAGGGAGGUAUUAACCAGGCUGGAAUCGACUAUUACAAUAACUUGAUUGAUCUACUUCUGUCUAAAGGAGUGAAGCCAUUUGUCACAAUAUUUCACUGGGACUUGCCAGAGGCACUAGAACAUGCUUACGGUGGCUUCCUAGGAGCAGAGAUUGUGAAUGAUUUCCGGGACUAUGCUGAACUCUGUUUCCAGAAGUUUGGAGAUAGAGUGAAGCAUUGGACGACACUAAACGAGCCAUUUACAGUGGUACAUGAAGGUUAUACAACUGGUGAAAAGGCACCUGGAAGGUGUUCUAGUUUCACUAAUCCCAAAUGCUUUGGCGGUGAUGGAGCCACCGAGCCUUACAUCGUCGGCCAUCACUUCCUCCUUGCUCAUGGAGCCGCCGUCAAAAUCUACAGAGAAAAAUACCAGGCGAUUCAGAAAGGUAAAAUUGGUAUAGCCUUGAACACAGUAUGGCACUACCCUUACUCAGAUUCAGAAGCUGACAAAUUAGCUGCGGCUAGAGCCACGGCAUUCACCUUCGACUACUUCUUGGAGCCAAUAGUCUAUGGUAAAUACCCGACCGACAUGGUCAAUUAUGUGAAAGACCGCCUUCCUACAUUCACACCAGAAGAGUCCUCCAUGCUCAAAGGAUCGUAUGAUUUCGUCGGCAUUAACUAUUACUCAUCUUUUUACGUCAAAGAUGUGCCGUGUGCAACUGAAAACAUCACCAUGGACACUGAUUCUUGCGUCAGCAUCGUAGGUGAGCGAAAUGGAGUGCCCAUCGGUCCAACGGCUGGGUCUGAUUGGCUAUUGAUAUACCCUGAGGGUAUUCGUGAUCUUCUACUACAUGCCAAACUCAAAUUCAAUGAUCCCGCCUUGUACAUAACAGAAAACGGAGUUGAUGAAGCUAGCAUUGGAAAAGUCUUUCUCGAUGACGACUUGAGAAUUGACUACUACGCCCAUCACCUUGAGAUGGUUCGCGACGCAAUCUUGAUGGGGGUGAAUGUGAAAGGCUAUUUCGCAUGGUCGUUGAUGGACAAUUUCGAAUGGUCGGAAGGAUACACGGUCCGCUUCGGGCUAGUUUUUGUGGACUUUGAAGAUGGACGUAAGAGGUAUCCGAAGAAAUCAGCUAAGUGGUUUAGGAGAUUGUUGAAGGGAGAGUACAAUGGGACAAGGCAGAUGGUGGCUGUUAUUUAAUAAGCCAUGAGCCAUAUCUUAAACAUUGAUGU